UGCCAGCUCCAAACUCAAGCAGUUUCUCCGACAACCAGCGACUCACAAAUCAACCAUGGGUAAGGUUCACGGUUCACUUGCUCGUGCCGGUAAGGUUAGGGGUCAAACUCCCAAGGUAGCAAAGCAGGACAAAAAGAAGAAGCCCAGAGGACGUGCACACAAGCGUAUGCAAUACAACCGCAGAUUCGUCACUGCUGUUGUUGGCUUCGGAAAGAAGAGAGGGCCAAACUCUUCUGAGAAGUAGAUGAGGACAUCAGUUACUUUAGGUUGAGAAGUUGCUCGUUUAAAAGUUUUCACCUUUGUUAUGUUUAUAAAUUUUGUUUCUCAGACCUCACAAUGAGAGAAGACUAGUUUACUUACUGGUAUUUGUAGGAUGGAUGAGUACGUUCUGUUUUGCAAGAAUUAAUUGAAUACAUGGUUUGAAUUUUUUAUGGUAUUCGCAGUUUGGAUGGCCA